AUGUUGAGGUAUCCUACUCGCUUGGAUUUUCGAUCACAUGUGUGGCACUUUGUUAAAUGUCGCUUUUACAGCCAAAUCAAUCUAGAGGAGCUAGAAGGGUCAAAACGAAAGUCAAUUCAUCCCUAUAGUCCGGCGCGGACACGAUUUGCUCCUUCACCAACAGGAUUUCUCCAUCUUGGGUCAUUGCGUACAGCAUUAUACAAUUACCUACUAGCUAAAAACACUGGGGGACAAUUCGUGGUUCGACUAGAAGAUACUGACCAAAAGCGGCUAGUGGACGGAGCAGAGAGAAAUAUUUUUGACACUUUGGAUUGGUGCAAGUUGGACAUCGAUGAAAGUCCGGUACAUGGCGGGCCGUAUGGGCCAUAUAAACAAUCUGAACGUAAGGAGAUAUAUCAAAAGUACGCCCAGCAUUUGUUAGAUCAGGGGCUCGCAUACAAGUGCUUUUGCCCAAAAGAGAGACUACUCGAGCUACGAGAAAGUGCGAGGCUAUUGAAACCUCCCACAAAUGUGACAUACGAUAGAAAAUGUCUCAGCAACAAUGAUUCAGGAAACGGGUCUUAUAUAAUCAGAUUCAAGUCGCCACAUAAUUAUCCCAAAAUUAAUGAUUUGCUACAUGGAGAGCUAAAUUUGCAACCACAAUAUAACUCCAAGGAUCAACGAUAUGAUGAUUUUGUAAUUAUCAAAAACGACGGCAUGCCAACUUAUCACUUUGCAAAUGUUGUAGAUGAUCAUCUCAUGAAAAUAACACACGUUAUACGAGGAGAUGAAUGGCUCCCGUCUACUCCCAAGCACAUCGCUUUGUAUGAUGCAUUUGGGUGGUCACCACCUAAAUUCAUACAUAUACCCUUGUUGACAUCGCUCCAAGACAAGAAGUUGUCCAAGAGGAAGGGGGACUUCAAUAUUUUGCUGUUGCGUGAACAAGGAAUACUACCACAAGCGUUGGUUAACUUUGUUGCUUUAUUUGGUUGGGCACCCCCAAGAGAAUUGAAUGUAAAGUCAAGUGAACUUUUUGACUUGGACCAAUUGGUUAAAUUGUUUUCAUUGGAUCAAUUGACAAAAGGCAACGCCAAGGUUAGUGAUUCAAAGUUGCAUUUUUUGCAAAAGGAACACUUUCAAAGAGUUCUUCAAGACGAAAAAUCUUUCAACGAGUUAGUGGAUGAGUUCUAUCCUGAGUUUGCAGAGCUUAGUAAUGGCAAGAGUAAGGAGUACUUUUUGAGAUUGUUGCAUGAACUUGGUCCAAGCUUGGACAGUAUUGAUGGGGUCAAAGAUCAUAGAUAUCUCUUUGAGAAUGUGGAUUACACGAAUGUUCGAGCACCAAAAGAUGCACAUCUAGCGAAAGUGAUCGUGGAUGAUAUCCUAGAGCACGGAAUCAACGAUGCAGUUGAGAGAUUAACUACUCAAGGUUUGCCAAAGAAACUCGUUUUCAUGACCUUGAGAUCGGCACUUAGUGGGGGCAAACCAGGCUUGCCAAUACCGGCGUUGAUAUCUUUAUUAGGAGAAAAAGAAUGCUUGAAGCGUUUAGUCUCGUUUAAGGAUACGCUCUUGUAA